AUGGUGUGUGUCGCAAAGGCGAAGCUGUGUGUGCAGUGGAUGGGCAUUCCGCUGCUGGAGAAGCACCGCCACAGCAAAACGGGCCUGCGUGACCUGUGCACGGAAGACGUGCUGCUGCAGCACAUCCAGCGCUCGCCCGUCUUCGACACAUACACAGAGCAGCAGCACCUGGAGCUGUUCCGCCUCAUCUGCUCCCAGGGAAUGCUGCAAGCGUUCAAGGCCAUGCACAGCAAAGUGGAGCCGCCAGUACCGUGCCCCGGCCACAUCCCACUCGUCGCCACCGCGGCAGAGCACGGCCACCUCGCCCUCGUCCAGCACCUCUGUGACACGCAGCAGCUGGCCAUGGCAGACCUGCGCCACGUCAACUCGCACCUCGUGCGGUCAGUGUGCCGCAACGGGCACGCUGCCGUGCUGCAGUGGCUGCUGGACGAGUACUGCUUCUCCCCGCGCGACAUCAAGGGCGGAUACAACGCCUGCCUGCGCUUCGCCUGCGGGAACGGCCACCUGUCCGUCAUCCAGCUGCUCUUCUCCAAGUUCACCUUCACCAUCAAAGACAUCAGGUACUACGAGUGCCAGGCGCUGCGCGACGCCGGCGCCAACGGCCACGAUCACGUCGUCACCUUCCUGCUCGACGCGUUCCCGGACUUGACCAUCGACGACAUCAACGGCGGCAACGGCUCCCUGCUCCGCCUCUGUGUCCAGCGCAACCACACGCACGUGCUGGACACCCUGCUGCACUACUUUGGGCGCGACCAGCUGCUCGCUGCCUUGCGCGCCAUCCCCUCCCUCCACAGCAUCUGCACGCCACUGCCAGUGCACCCGGGCCGCGUGCAGCACAUGAUGUCUCGCCGCUGCUCCCUGCAGAGCGACUUCUACGGCUCGAGCUUGGCCCAGGGCCUGGCAAGUAGCGGCAACACCAACCACGAUGAUGGCAGCAGCAGCCCUGACGAUGCAAGGAGCGCCGCCAAGGAAGCACAGCCCGCCAUACCAGCACACCUGCCGGUCUAUGCCAAAGGUGUUGGCCUUCCCUACACGUCACUCGCACCGCUCACAUCCCGCAUCAUCCACAUCAUCCCGCCACCGCCAAAGCCAUCCUCCAACCGCGCUGCUGCCAACCACGAUACCAUCGACACAGACGCAAAUGCAACAACAGUGUCAAUGACAGUUCAGCAACAACAACAACAACAACAACAACAACAACAACAACAACAACAACAACAACAACAACAACAACAACAAGAUGAAAGGAAAGAGAGCGAGGUGGAUAGGAAGGUGCCACCGAUACAGCCAGCUGCAGAAGCCCACGAACACCCACGCAAACAACAUCAAGAGCAGCGGCAGCAACACGAAUGUGGGCAGAUGGCUCCACCUGCCAAAUCGCGCGCCAAAUCCGUGGCAUUUGCGUCCUUGGCGCUGGUGGUGCUGCCCCCAGCUCGCUCCAACCCGAUGACCCACUUGCUGCUCAGCGGCCCAGACGACGGCGCCGCAUGCGCAACCGCUGCUGCCACUCACGGACACGAAAACGGUAUUGCUGAUGAUGACAAUGAUUGGGAAGAUGAUGAUGACGAGGAAUCCAGUGCUGCGCGCCCAAACAACUGCACCCUCGCCAGGUUGUACAGCAGCAGCAGCAGCAGCAGCAGCGAUGAGGAAGGUGACAGUGAUGACAGUGAGAUUGGACAGGUGCAUGGUGGUGGUGACGGUAAGCAGCGGCCAUCGGAUGUGGUUUUGAUCGGCCCCAGCGAACAAGAUGCUCGUCACGAAUGCCUGCAGGCAAUUCAUGGUGUCGACACACGCCGUGAUGUUCGCCACAACAGGCGCAGCAACACCAGUAGCAGCGACGACAGUGACGGUAGUGACGAUGACACGCCACUGUCGCCAUCGUCAUCGCAAACCUCACCCCCGCUGCCAAACUCGAGGCAACAUGAAACGCAGCUCUAUCGCCACCUCGACACGUCGAUUCAGCGCAGUGCUACCAUGCACGUACAAUCACGGUCUCCUUCGCCAGCGUCGGGCAAAGUGAAGCUCUCAAGCCGGCACUUUUCGCUGCGUCGCGUGCCCUCCCCUCUGCCGUCGUCGUCAUCGACACCAACGCUGUCUUCCUCCUCGCGUUCAUUGUCGCCGAUUCCACUUCGUGCCAUCAAGUGCCGGCGUGAGAACAGCGCAGGCACUCUCUUCAUCUGA